AGGGCGCUGUGGAGACCACGGAUAUUUAUAUAUUGUUAGCAAGAUGGCGGAACCAGAAGAGACUAAACCUCCGUCUUGUACUUUUCUGUUUAAAAAGUCCACCAAAAAAUUCUCCGGACGAAAAAGGAAAGCAAGCGAUAGUGAUAAAGAUGACAACAGUGAAGAGGACCAGAGCGCUGUCGUCAGAAGAGGAAAGAAAGACGGUCGAGUCAACCCCAUGAUUCAGAAGACAAAAAAAGUGGAAAGAGACGAUGUAACCUCCAGUGAGAGUGAGGAUGACAAAGGGGACAAGAAGGUCACAGUUUCUUACAAGUCUACGCGGUCAGCAAAACCAGAGGGACCUGAAGACAUGGGUGCAACUGCUACGUAUGAACUGGACACAGAAAGAGACAAGGACGCUCAGGCCAUUUUUGAGAGGAGUCAGAAAAUUCAGGAGGAGCUAACAGGAAAAGAAGAUGAUAAAAUUUACCGUGGCAUCAACAACUACCAAAAAUUUAUCAAGCCUAAAGACACCACCAUGGGCAAUGCCUCCUCUGGCAUGGUCAGAAAAGGGCCAAUCAGAGCCCCUGAACACCUGAGAGCUACAGUCAGAUGGGAUUACCAGCCAGAUAUCUGCAAAGACUACAAAGAGACUGGUUUCUGUGGUUUUGGAGACAGCUGCAAGUUUCUUCACGACAGAUCAGACUACAAACAUGGCUGGCAGAUUGAAAGGGAACUAGAGGAGGGCAGAUAUGGAGCAAAUGAUGAUGAGAACUAUGAGGUGAGCAGUGAUGAGGAGGAUAUGCCAUUCAAGUGUUUCAUCUGCAGGGAAUCUUUUAAGAAUCCCAUUGUCACAAAGUGCAAGCACUAUUUUUGUGAGACCUGUGCCCUUCAGCAUUAUCGCAAAUCUAAGCGCUGCUAUGUUUGCAACACUCAAACCAAUGGUGUCUUCAACCCCGCUAAAGAGUUGAUGGCCAAGAUGGAGAAACAUAAUGCUGCAACAGACCAGCCGCCAUCAGAUGAGGAAAAUUAGAGCCUAAACCUUUUCAAACCUUCCCUUGUGUGUGUUCCUCUAUGUAAAUUUUUAAUAAAGUUUUCUAGAAGA